AUGUCGAGUAUUGGCUUGCAAGUUAGAAAAGCGGCCCCCUUAGUGGACCCAAUCAUUGCGGAUUAUGCUAUUGGCUAUAUCCAACAUGUAUCGCACGCUACCGAGGAUUCAGUUUCUGCCCAGCAGCUUGAUAUCCUGAAAGACUUAACUUUUAUUGAACACCUCUUGGUGGACGCGGGAGGCGAAGCAGAGAAAGUUAAAUCGAUGAUUUCUGGCUUAGAUAAACAGUUGACAGAUAAACUAAAUGAAAAUCUUGCCAAACUCGCCAUCACAGGAGACAAGUCCAAGAGACUUUUGGAUGUGAAUGUAUUGAAAAAUAAUUUUAAAAGAGACAUUAACUCUUCCCUUGCGUUACUUGGAUCCUCAAGAGAUAUCUCCCAUGCGGGCAGACAAGUGGAAAGUCGAGUUGACAAAAAGAAAUUGGAGAAACAGGAGAGAAAAAUUGCCAAAAAAGUUGCUAAAAGAAACAAUCAGUUCGUCAAAUAUGAAGCAUCACAGUUACUCAAUGAGAAAAAGAAAGAAGACUACGACUCGUUUUAUUUGGAAAUUAAUCCAUUGGACUUUGGCCAGAGUGCUGGAAAAUCAAAGGAUAUUAAAGUCGAUAAUUUCGAUUUAUACGUGGGUGAUGGUAAAAGAAUUCUUAGCGAUGCAAGUUUGACUUUAGCGCAUGGAAGAAGAUACGGUUUAGUUGGUCAAAAUGGUAUAGGAAAAUCCACCCUAUUGAGAGCCUUAUCCAGAAGAGAGUUGAGUAUUCCAAAGCACAUUACCAUUUUACACGUUGAGCAAGAGCUCAGGGGAGAUGAUACUCCUGCUUUACAGGCUGUCCUAGAUGCAGAUGUGUGGCGAAAAUCUUUGUUGCAGGAAGAACAAAAAAUCACUGAGAGAAUCGAUGAAAUCGAAAAAUUACGCCUGGAAUUCGAAGAGGGCUCAAAUGAAGUACUCAAAUUGGAUAAUGAGCGGGGGGAUUUGGAUAAGCAUUUGCAGGAAAUUAGUGAAAAACUAUACGAAAUGGAGCUGGACAAGGCGGAGAGUAGAGCUGCUUCCAUUUUAUUCGGUCUUGGAUUCUCUAAAGAGUCCCAGGGAUUGCCCACUAAUUCUUUCUCUGGAGGUUGGAGAAUGAGGUUGUCUUUGGCUCGUGCCUUGUUCUGUGAGCCUGAUUUAUUGUUGUUGGAUGAGCCUUCUAAUAUGUUGGAUGUUCCAUCUAUCACAUAUCUUGCGAAGUACUUGCAAGGCUACCAAGGAACAGUGUUUGUUGUUUCUCACGACCGAGCUUUCUUGAAUGAAGUUGCGACAGACAUUAUUCACCAGCACUCCGAAAGAUUGGAUUACUAUCGUGGUUCAGACUUUGACUCGUUUUACUCUACCAGAGAAGAAAGAAUCAAAAACCAACGCCGUGAAUACGAGAAUCAAAUGGCUGUCAGGCAACAUUUGCAAGCAUUUAUCGACAAAUUCAGAUACAAUGCCGCGAAGUCAUCUGAGGCUCAAUCACGUAUCAAAAAGUUGGAAAAAUUACCAAUUUUGGAACCGCCUGAGGAUGACAAAAUUGUUAGCUUCAAGUUUCCAGACCCCGACGGACUUUCGCCACCAAUUAUGCAAAUGCAUAAUGUGACUUUUGGAUAUUCCCCAGACAAAAUUCUUUUGAAGAAUGUCGAUUUAGAUGUCCAAAUGGACUCUCGUAUUGCAUUUUGUGGUGGUAACGGAACUGGUAAAACAACUUUGCUAAAAUUGCUCUUGGAUAAACUUACUCCAUUAGAUGGUACGAUCACAAAGAAUGGAAGGUUGAGAAUCGGCUACUUUGCACAGCAUCAUGUGGAUGCAAUGGACUUGAAUUUAUCUGCUGUUUCGUGGAUGGCACAGGCAUAUCCAGGUAAAUCAGAUGAGGAAUACAGGCGUCACUUGGGCUCAUUUGGUAUCACAGGGUCUCUUGGGUUGCAAAAAAUGGAGUUGUUGUCUGGAGGUCAAAAGUCGAGAGUUGCAUUCGCCGCGCUUUGUUUGAACCAGCCUCAUAUCUUGAUUUUGGAUGAGCCCUCCAAUCAUUUGGAUACCCAAGGUUUAGAUGCACUUGCUGAUGCUUUGAUAAAUUUCAAAGGAGGUAUUUUAAUGGUCUCGCAUGAUGUUGCGACGAUCGAACGGGUAUGCAACGAAAUCUGGGUCAGUGAAGAUCAAUUAGUUAGGAAGUUUCCUGGAACCAUUCAUGAUUACAAGAGACAUAUUCUUAAGAAUGCCAGCGCUACAGGUGUGGUCAAGCAGCAUUAA